UUUGAGGCUUUGAUCGCACAGCUCGAUGGAGAGAAGGAAAAAAUUGGUGUUGAUCGGUUCUCUCUCAGACAAGCUGUGAUAUUCAUCUGCGCUACCAAUAGGCCAGAUGAACUAGACCCUGAAUUUGUUCGACCUGGGCGUAUUGACCGUCGACUGUAUGUUGGUUUGCCUGAUGCUAAGCAACGAGUACAAAUUUUUGGUGUGCACAGUGCAGGAAAGCAACUUGCAGAAGAUGUAGACUUUGGGAAACUUGUCUUCCGUACUGUUGGUUUUUCUGGGGCAGAUAUUCGGAACCUUGUCAAUGAAGCAGCAAUUAUGUCAGUGAGGAAAGGGCGUUCAAAGAUCUUCCAGCAAGACAUUGUUGAUGUAUUAGAUAAACAAUUGCUUGAGGGUAUGGGUGUACUCCUUACUGAAGAAGAGCAGCAGAAAUGCGAACAAAGUGUGUCUUUGGAAAAGAAGAAACUGCUGGCUGUUCAUGAAGCUGGUCACAUAGUUUUAGCUCAUCUGUUUCCUCAAUUUGAUUGGCAUGCAUUUUCUCAGCUUCUGCCAGGUGGUAAGGAAACUGCAAUAUCUGUGUUCUUCCCCCGAGAAGAUAUGGUAGACCAAGGUUAUACAACCUUUGGCUACAUGAUGAUGCAAAUGGUGGUAGCUCAUGGUGGGCGUUGUGCUGAGCGUGUCACGUUUGGUGAUGACAUAACUGAUGGAGGAAGGGAUGAUUUGGAAAAGAUAACAAAGGCAAAUUUAUUGAUACAGACAACCAUG